CUCUUCACAUUUCAGGGUGUGCAAAAGAAAUCCGCUCACUCAACCCUCAAAAGAAAAAACACCAGAAAACACUAUAGAAAUUUUGAAAUAAUACUUUUAGAUCAUCCAAGAGUUGUUCAUAGAUCAGUUCCAGAUUCGGGGAAUGCAGUACUAUGCAGUGAUGGGCGGCGCGUCACCGCCGGACACCAGCAAGACCACCAAGCUCGAGCGGUACAACAGCUACAUCCGCCGCGUCAACAGUACUAAGCUCCUCCAAGCCUCCUCCAAGCUCCUCUUCCGCGUCACUCUCCUUGUUGCUUUGAUCUUGAUCUUCUUCUUCACUCUCAAUUACCCACCACUCUCCUCCGCCGACAACCACCACAUUCACUCCACCAACCACUUCUUGGCCUCCGCUUUCUACGGCAGCGGCGCUGCCUGGGAGAAGCAGGUCCGCCAUUCGGCAACUCCCCGCCGCCCCAACGGCUUCUCAGUUCUCGUCACUGGGGCCGCGGGCUUCGUCGGUUCGCAUUGCUCCCUGGCCUUGAAGAAACGCGGGGAUGGCGUUCUGGGCCUUGACAACUUCAAUUCGUACUACGAUCCUUCGCUGAAACGAGCCCGGCAGAAGCUUCUCAGCAAGCACGAAAUCUUCGUUGUUGAAGGAGAUAUCAACGACGCAGAAUUGCUGAACAAGUUGUUCGACGUCGUGCCUUUUUCACAUGUUCUUCACCUGGCGGCGCAAGCCGGCGUGCGCUACGCCAUGCAGAAUCCACUCUCUUAUGUCAGCUCGAAUGUAGCCGGCUUCGUCAAUCUCCUGGAAGUAGCCAAAUCAGCCGACCCACAGCCGGCCAUCGUCUGGGCUUCAUCCAGCUCGGUGUACGGCUUGAACACCCAAGUUCCCUUUUCCGAGAUCGACCGCACGGAUCAGCCCGCCAGCCUCUACGCCGCAACAAAGAAAGCCGGCGAAGAGAUCGCCCACACUUACAACCACAUCUAUGGUCUGUCCCUAACCGGGCUGAGAUUUUUCACGGUCUAUGGGCCCUGGGGCCGGCCCGACAUGGCCUACUUCUUCUUCACGAAAGACAUCCUCCAGGGGAAGGGAAUAAACGUCUACGUGACGCAGGAGGACAAGGAGGUGGCGCGUGACUUCACGUACAUUGACGACAUCGUGAAGGGAUGCCUCGGUGCGCUGGACACGGCGGAGAAAAGCACCGGCAGCGGCGGAAAGAAGCGAGCACCCGCGCAGCUGAGGGUAUACAACCUGGGCAACACCGCCCCCGUCACGGUGGGAAAGCUGGUGGGGAUCUUAGAAAGCCUACUGAACGUGAAAGCAAAGAAGCACGUGAUCAAGAUGCCCAGAAACGGCGACGUCCCGUUCACCCACGCUAACGUGAGCCUGGCGUACAGGGACUUCGGGUACAAACCCACCACGGACUUAGCCGCAGGGCUGAGGAAAUUCGUGAAGUGGUACGUCAGUUAUUACGGGAUAGAGUCAAGGGCAAAAAAGGGAUUUCACUCAAGCACCAAUGAGCAUUCAGAUGACUAAGCAUAUGGUCUCCAUCAUCACAUGGGGAGGUGAGAGGAAGUGGGGUAAUGUUCAAUUAUUUUCUUUUUCUUUUUCUUUUUCUUUUUGUUUUUAAAAAAAUUAUUUUAAUUUCCACUUCUUUUUUUUUUUUUUCAAAUUUUCUUCUGUCUAAGCAUUUGGGCCCAAUUGAUGGUGUUGUUGUAGUAGUAUAGGGCAUAGACUUUUAUACCACAAAAAAAAAAAAGAAUUUGGAGUUGUAAUAAUUUAUCCUAUGAAAAUAGGGUAAAUAAAAAGAAGAAAAGAAAAGGGUUGAAAUCUGUACAAAAAAAGGAAAAGAGUGGUCCAGAAUCAACCUUUGUAUCAUCAACAACUGUACAAUAAUUUUAUUAUAUAUAUGACAGCAAUGAAGACAUCAAGAUUCUUCUUCCCUUCA